AUGCAUUUAGACGCGCUGUCCAAUGAAGAGAUGGAUCCUUUAUUUGAAGCUGUUACACAAGCCACUGAAGAAGCUAUUUUGAAUGCCAUGAUUGCAGCAAAAACAAUGGAAGGAAUACAUGGAAAUAAAAUCUAUGCUAUUCCACAUGAAAGAAUUCGUGAAAUAUUAAAAAAGUAUAAUAGAUUACAAAAUAACGAAUAA